CAAACGUAUCUCUCCCAAAAUAUUUUCGGCUAAAAUCAUGGAUAUUCCACCCAAUAUCCCCAUGAGCUGUAUGCACAAAAGUUUCGGGAUGAACCUUUCGCUUUCCGUGGACAAGAGUGGCAGCGACGAGGACAGCGAGAACUACACCCGAUUCCCGAAGCGCAUGCGCGUCGGAGUUGUCACGAAGUGCGUGAAGGUCCUGCGUGCUCGCUAUCAGGCGGACAUUAUGGUCGCCAUGGGGUUUAAGGACUUGCUGCGCGACAGCAGAUUGGAUAACAUCGAGGAGGACCUGAAGACGUGGCUCAUGCGCUAUGGGCUGCCAAAAAGCAUUAAGGUCGACUGUGUCAAGCCGAAUAAGUUCAGAUAUAAGCCGAAAUAUGAUAUACCGAAUGCUCGUGCCUUCCUCACCUUGUUGCGGGAUCACGAGCGCCGCGGUUUGGGCGGCAUUUGGCUGGAGGAUAUCAAGGAGUCGCUGCCGCAUGCCGAGAAAGUGCUCGAAAAGACUAGGGACUCGUAUCAUGUGGUGUAUCGUAAAGUAGAUAAGCGCGUGGUUAUUUAUUAUCGCAAGAAGUCAUUGGAUAUCGUGGUGAACCCCGGCUUACAGGACAUCUGGCAGGAGAUCAGUGUCGCCUAUUUGACGGACAGUCAAAUUGAAGCACAUUUGAAGAGUCGCGGCAUACGUCCUUUCAUGGCCUGGGAGGGACCGGAGUCGUCCGAACCAAACGAGUUGGAAGAAGUUGCAGACGCAACGGAUGCUGCUGUGGAAAGUUCUCAGGUGGCUGCCGGCUCAGCUGCAGAUACUAAUUCUACUUUUAAAGUCGCUGCAGUUGGUGGACGUCUGCCAGUUGCUGGAGGCAUUGCAGCUGGGAGAGGUCGUGGAGGCCCUCCAAUCGGCAGGAGACUUCCAGUUGGCAGGGGUUCAGCCGCAGGCAGAGGUCGUACAGCUGGCAGAGGUCUACCGAGUGGUAGAGGUCCACCCGCUGGCAGACGUGCUACGAAUGCUCGCGGAUCUCGUCCCAGAGGAAGAAUUGCCAAAUUAAAAAUUUCCCAGCAGGCCAACGCACAAAAGAUGCGCGACAAUGCGCAUGUUGCCCAUUUGCUGAAGAACUAUAACGAGUACGGGCAUGAGGUACAACCGGAACCGGAACCGAAAAAAAGGGAAGAAGAUCUGGCUGCGUCAUACCCAGUGGCUAACGAACCAAUUCAUACAAAUUAUUAUAUCAGGGUUUAAUGCCUAAUACAAUUAUUUAUUGAGUUCCUAUUUACUGAAUAAAUGCCUUUUAAAUACCAA